AUGUUGGUCACCAUCCCUUUCUCCAGCUUGAUUGCCCUUGUCAGCUGUGCUUCGAUUCUCUGUGCACCCGGAGUCGUUCAGGAUUCUAGUCGUUACACUCUUUUACGAAGACAAGUCACUCCUACGAACCAGAAUGGAAUGAAAAACUUGACGUCGGGAGCAGGAAAUCCAGUAAAGAUGACGAUGGGUAUCCAAAUGACGAUGAAUGGCGCACCGGUACCGAUGACUUCGCAAGAGAAGGAAGCCCAGGAAGAAGCCGAAGAAAAGAUGCCCGGCCUCAACACGAUAGCCAACGCGAUGAACGAGCUAUACUUCCACGAGAAAUACGGGAGCCAGCGAAACGAGCCAGCGGUGUUGAUGAAGAUGGUCGGCCAAGCGGCUGGUAGUACUGGUAAGAGCGGCGACCCUGAGGUAGUCUCAAAAGCGAUGCUUGCCACCUAUGGGCCCUACAACCAGGGAAAGCCUUCCUCGAUAAGCGCAUCGCCCAUCACCCCACUCAACAAGAACACGGCUUCGAUGGAAGAAACCCCUUCGCUCAAGACAGUCGCCCAUACUCUUCACGAAACCUGGGAAAAAUUGAUGACUAUGACCCCCAAGCCUGACAAUGCCCAGCUCGUCCCCGUAUUCUGUCAGGCGAUUGCCUCAAGCUCCGCCACCGGUGAUGCAGCUUCAGUAUCCAAAGCAAUCGAUGCAGCUUACGCAAAAAUGGCCGGCACCCAGUGA